AUGUCAGUAGUAGAAGGAAGUUCAACAAAAUUAGAAACAACUACUCCACAAAAUCAGUUACAAAAUCAGGUACAAUCAGAACCAAAAUUAGAACUAAAAUCAGAAUCACCAACUCAAACAACUACAAAAAUUUCAAAAUCUAAAAUCUCAGACAAUAAUGAUGUAAACUUUCCAAUAAAAUUAAUCAAUUGGUCAUUAGAUGGAUUUACAUAUGAUAAUCAAAAAUUAACCACCCCAAUAUUAUUACAAGAGAAAAAUGGUCCAUGUCCAUUAAUUUCAUUAGUUAAUACAUUAUUAUUACAAUAUAAUUUCAAAAAUUUACAAUUUGACCAGGGAAUUUUAAGUCAAACUGAAAAUCAAUACAAGGGAUUGAAAAAUUUAGAAAGUUUAUUAAUUAAAAAAUACCAUUCAGAUAAAAAAAUUAGUCUUAAUGAAAUUUUAUCAUCUAUUGGAGACUUGUUGUUGAUGUAUUCUGAAGAGGACACCUCUCUUAAUCCAGAAAUUGUUGAUCAAUUAUUAACUCAAUUACCUAAAUUACAUACGGGGUUAGAUGUUAAUCCAAAUUUGAUUACUGGUGAUUUCGAAUUAAACUUAGCUACUACUUUGUUUCACAUAUUUGGUUUAGUUUUCAAACAUGGGUGGGUAAUUGGAGGAGCACCAAAACAAGUAUCAGACGAAACACCAAAAGAAGAAGAAGAUACCAGUAUUAAGAAAUUAGAAAAUAUAAUGAAUGAAUUACAAACGUUCGAUAAAAUCCAAGAUUAUUUAUUUUUAGAACACCCAAAUUCAUCAGUUGUUACAAAUCAAGAAUUAAUCAAGUCUUGGUUAGAUACAAACUGUACCCAAUUAACACAACAAGGUUUAACCAACUUAAAUACAAUUUUAGAAUCAUCACAAUUUAUAAUAUUUUUUAGAAAUAAUCACUUCAAUACCCUUUUCAAAAAAUCAUCAAUGGAAUUUUAUUUAUUAGUUACUGAUUCAUCAUUUACUACACCAAAAAAUAAAUCUAAUCAAAUUAUAUGGCAAAGUUUAAAUUCAAUAAAUGGAGAAAAUGAUUUAUUUUUCACUGGUGAUUUUAUGCCUGUUUUAGAUAUAAAUCAAGAUUUAAAUUAUGGCACAAAUCAAGAUGAAAAUUUUGAUUCUGAUUUAUUAUUAGUUAAACAAUUACAAGAAGAAGAAGAUGCUGCUAUUGCUAAACGAAUGCAAGAUAAGUAUGAGAAACAACACAAAAGACAUACGACAAAUAAUAAUAAAAAAAAUGAACAAAAAGAUAAAUCUCAAAAAUCCACAUCAUCAUCAUCAUCCACUACUUCAGAUUUGAAACCUGUCAAGAAGGAACAACCAACUGAAAAACCAAAAAAGAAGAAAUUAUUUGGAAUAUUCAGCCGUUAA